CGUGGAUUUUAGCUGGCCCGUUCUACUGUUUUCUUUCUUCUGGAUUGUUGUCUUUGUUGCUGCAAUCAACUUCCAUCAUGUCUGACGAACGUACCUUCAUCAUGAUCAAGCCCGAUGGCGUCCAGCGUGGACUCAUUGGUGAGAUCCUCGGACGAUUCGAGCGCAAGGGCUUCAAGCUCGUUGCCAUGAAGUUCCAGCAGUCGGAUGUCGCACAUCUGGAGAAGCACUACGACGACCUGAAGGCCCGUCCCUUCUUCCCCGGUCUCGUCAAGUACAUGGCAUCCGGCCCAGUGUGCGCCAUGGUGUGGGAAGGUUUGAACGCUGUCAAGACUGGACGUGUCAUGCUCGGAGCCACCAACCCAGCUGACUCCGCACCAGGAACCAUCCGUGGUGACCUCUGCAUCCAGGUUGGCCGCAACAUCUGCCACGGCAGCGACUCCGUCGAGAGCGCCAACAAGGAGAUUGACCUGUGGUUCAAGAAGGAAGAGCUUGUCAACUGGACCUCCACCCAGAAGUCUUGGGUGUACGAAUAAAUUAUUUUCUUCCAACUGUACCGAUUUCAAGACUCGAGCUUUAGUUUGAAUGUCCAUCUGAUUCUUCCGCAGUGAAACAAGAUUGUAGAAAGCCAG